CUGACAGGCGGCGAUCACGUGACAUCCCUUAUAUAAAUAAGGACAGUCACAUGACCACCAGUCAGUCACAUGACACACAGGCAGAAUGUCAGGACCUAAUGGUGACCCUCAGGUGCCUAUGGGCGAGGUGUCCGAGGAGGAAGAUUACGCAGCGUUGGAUUUUGUGUUGGACCAAAUUAACUUUUGCCUGGAUCACCUAGAAGAGAAGAAUGACCUUUUGCACGCACAGCUUCAGGAUCUUUUGGAAUCCAAUCGGCAGGCUCGGCGUGAUUUCCAACAGCAGAUAAGCCAGAGUGGAAACGGGGAUAGCGCACAAAAGGAUGCUGGGGUGUAA